CCGCCGCCACCAGUAGAGGCGGACGCGACGACGCCAUGGCCGCCACUUGACCGGCCUCCGACGGACUCGCCUACCGCCAGCCGAUGUGGAAGAAGGUCGUCGACCCUCCGCCUCCUGUUCCUGUAGUCCUGUGACCGUCCCGUCCGGCCGUGCAGCCGCCGCCCUCGGCUUCGGCACUCCGGCGCUCCGCAGACCGCAGGUCACAAUCUCAUAUUUCCAUUCCAUUCCAUGCCUCCAUGGUCUAUGCUUCCGUUCUGUAAUCUGUAUGCCUCUGUCUUUGAGUAUUGAUUUAUACUGAAUAGUAGUCACUAGUCACUAGUCACUGGACGUAGUGCGAUUUUGGGCAUGAAUGCUUCCGUUCUGUACUUCUGUCUAUGAGCUUAUGUGAAUCAAAUUUCUGGAACCUUGUUAUUUCAUACGGUUAUCAGAUUAUGUUCUGCUACAGGCUACAACUAUCUGGAGUUCUGGACCUAUUUAUGUGCUAAUGCUACAGUAUUGAACUAUUGAUGUGCAUGUGCACUAUUUGGACCUAGUCGCUGCUACAGCUACAUCAUCUUAAUGAUCUUAUAUAUGCUUUGCUGUUGUCUGAAUUCAUUUUUCUACGUAUUUACAUGUUUAUUGUAGCAUUUAUGAACAAAAAAUAUACCAUUUUAUAUCUUAAAAAACCAGACAGUGAACCGGUAAACCAGUGGUUUGACCGGUAAAAACCUAAACCGAGAGCCUCACCGGUUCGAUCACCGGUCCGGUUUUUAAAACUAUGCUUGGGGGUGGAUCACCAUCGAAUAAUCUGCACCUCUUGUAUGUCUCCUCGUAUGGUCUAUAUAAAGCAGCUUAACCCAACACAAAAGGUACACAGCCCGCAGUACAGCAGCAGCAUAGCCGUAGCAAGCAAGAAGAGAGAUCAGAUCAGAGAUUCAGAGAUGAAGACGCAGCGCAACGGUCUGUCUUUCGGCACGCUGCUCGUGAUGGCUUUCCUGCUCAUCGCUGCCUCCCAGGCCGUCUCUGUGCAGGGAGGGAGAGCUAUGAAAGAAGUCGUAGGUUCUGAAGCGAUAACGGCCAAUCCACUGAACCCAGGCAGCACGCCGGCCGUCCCCGCUGGCCAGCCUUACACCAGGCCCGGAUGUACCAAGCCCUACGGUUGCAACCCACCUCCUGCUGCUGCAACACCAUGAACUAUUGUAUGAAAGAAGUCUUUCCGGUUACCAGUCACCUCUCGCGUGUUAUCCGUGAAUAUGUUAGAGAAUAAAUAUCCGUGGGCGCUUUCAUAAUAGACCGAUGUAAGGUCACAGCGUCUCUAGAUACAUUAUUACAUUACAUGUUAAUUCUGUGUGCUAUAUAUAUCCGCUGUAGGGGACCUGCGUGUCCUAUACCAAGAAAUGGAAGUGCUAUUUUACUGUGCAACCAAAUACUACAAGCUAUAUGUCUAAGUAUUCAUGAAAAUUCCCA